UCUCCCGAGUUUAUAUGGUUUAACUCUAGAGUCUAGAAGAGUCCAAGUCUAGCGGGAACUACCCAGAGUCGGAGGCUCUCAGAAAAAUUUCAUCGAACAAGGAGGGUUGUUAUCUUUAACAAUGUUCAGAACUUGAGCUUUCCAAAUUUCUAUUUGGUUUUCCUUCACAAUUAUUUCUCUCAUCCUUCGUAUAGUCUAUUUGACGAGCUAACGAGCUAGGGCUAGUUGAACUCUCUUCGUUUACAACAGCAAUGGAAGAACAUAUACGGAAAGUAGAUACGAAUUGGAUGCUUUCCUCGACCAUCGGUCGGGCGAUGAAUAUUUUGCUAAGUUCUCGUCCUAGAAAGCUCGAGGACGCUAUUUCCCGUAUUGGCUUGAGUUCGCAGAGAAGUUCCAGUGGUUCGGGUUCUUUGGAGGAGUCACUUCGUUUUCUUCGGGAAUAUGUUAGAGAUGCUGCUGAUAGAAUGGAGCCCCUGGAUCAGAUUCUCGUUCCUAUGAUUGAAAAUUCAGUGAAGUGCAAGGGUUUAAAGCAUGGCAACCAUGUUAUGAUACUUCUCAACUGGCUCUUUCAAGAUGAACUUCUUUUCCAUGUUCUUGCCAGUAAUCUUGCAGAAAUUAUAAAAAGGAAGGAGGACCAUUAUAUUUUGCUUGGAUGGUGUAUUCUGAUAUCAAGACUUUUAGAUUAUGAAGUUGCAUCGAAUAAAGUUUUACAUAUUGGAAUACGGGAAAAGCAAAAUACCUUGUUGAAGAUUCUUUGCCCAACAAUUUCACGUCUUUCAUCCAUUAUAUGUAGUGGGAGCACAUUGCAGAAUGGAUUUGAGUUGCCUACUCGGCUUUCUGUAGCUGCUGCUGAUUGCACCUUACUUCUUACUGAAGCAUUAAUUAAAAAAACACCCAGUUCUGAGGUUUCAAGUAGUAGAACAAAACCAUCUGAUCCAAAUGCAGCAAAUUGGCAAAUUUCCUUGGUUCCUACUGCUAGCUCUGACAAGAGAGUGAUGUCAACUAGUAAAUUUUCUCAAGCCUCAGAAAGCAUGGAAAUGGAGUUCCUGCUUUGGAAUCAUUUUGAUGAACUCAUUAUUCUUGUUCAAAAACUCUGUGCUUGGAACACUAAAAGCCGACCUUUACAUGCAAAAGGAUUGGAGCUAGUGCUUAAGUGGUUGCAGGAGAUAAAACAACAUUAUGCUUCCCUUGAAGAUGAGGCAGAAAUUCUGAAGACUGGAGUCUUGCUACUUUCUUCUUGUUGGAAACAUUACAGCAUGCUGUUACACCUAGAGGACCAUGGACUUUCUCAGAAAUAUGGGGAAUUGUUGAACCAGUACCUUUCUGGAAUCCAGUUCUACAUGGAUGACUACACUGCUGAGCAUUCUGCGAAUAAAAAUAGUGGUAUAGGGACCAACAUUUUUUUUUUGACUUGCAUAUCCCUUCUACUGGGACGCCUUGACAACAAGCAAUUUGAAAUUGCAAUAUCAGAAUAUGGAUCACAUAUAUCGUGUGUUGUUUUAUCACAGCUUCAAUGCAUUGAUGAAGAUGUGAUAGAGAUAGCUGUAUGUAUCUUAAAAGAAACCAUUUUUAAGAAAAUUUCAAGUGGAAGAAAUAUUUUUGACACACGUCAAUUGGAAGCAGUGAUGCCCUUACUGCUAAACCUUUUGGAUGAGAGGGAUAGCCCAACAAGAGCUGUUGUUAUGCUCACUGCAGAAUGCUGUUCAAUGUUUGCCAAAAGUGGAGAUGGCUGGUGUGUUCAAGAAGUUUUAAAGCGUCUUGUUUCUGGAAAUAUCUCUCAAAGACAAAAUGCUAUGAAUGUAGUUUCGGAGCUUAUCCAUAUAUCAUUGGAUUCAGUGAACUUGCUUUCUCACUCAAUGUGGCAAGAUAUAGCAAACCACUUGCUUGAGUGCCUUGAAGAUAAAGAGCUUACCCUUCGUGUACAAGCAUCUAAUUUGUUUCCAAAGAUUGAUCCUCCUUUUGUUCUGCCAAAAUUAGUUCGCCUUGUUUAUUCACCGAAUAAAGCUGUACAAUCAUCUGCUAGUGAUGCACUUAUUGCAGUGCUCAAACAUCAUAACCAGAACCUCGAAGUGAUGGUUCUUCUGCUUGACUGUCUCAGCAACCUGUCUAAGAGCAUUGAUCUUCCAAAAGUUCCAGGUGAAAUAGAAGGUGUGUCCCCAAGUGGAUCAAAGUUGGAUGCCAAUAAAGUACUCAGAUUGAUUCCAGAAUGGUCAAAAAGCGUCCAGGAUUGGAACAUUUUCAUUGAACCAUUGAUUGACAAAUUUUUCAAAGAACCAGAAAAUGCAAUUGUUGUCCGGUUUUUGAGUUGCAUAAGUGAGCAUUUAGCAGAUGCUGCUGAUGUAGUUCUCCACCGUGUUCUCUUACAUAUGCAAGCACAAGGAGACAGGAUGGAUGAAACGUUCUUCUCCAGAGAAGGAAGUGGAAGCUACUCAAGCAAUGACCCUGCUAAAUUUCAACAUUCUUUAUUUGAUCGUCUUUGCCCAUUACUUAUAAUCAGGCUGCUUCCAUUAAGAAUUUUUAAUGACCUAUGUUAUUCUCUUAUGUAUGAUCAGCUUAACUAUCAGGAAUUCUUCAGUGAAGAAAGAGACUUCAAUCUCAACUCUGACACCUGCAUAGCAGCCCUCUUGAUAAAAAGAGCAUUUCAUAAAUUCGAAUUUGAAGAUGUUCGAAAACUUGCAGCUGAGUUAUGUGGGCGUAUCCAUCCCCAAGUGUUAUUUCCAGUUAUCUGGUUUCAGUUAAAGAACGCUUCACAGUGUCAUAAUAUACCGAAAAUAAAGGCUUGCUUGUUUUCAGUUUGCACUUCCCUUGUGGUGAGGGGCAGGGAUUCAGCUCAACAUCCUGUUAUGCCUAAAAUAAGAAAAAUACUGGAAUCGGUGCUACUGUGGCCUCCUCUGGAUGGUGAUGAAGUUUCCAAGGCACAACAUGGGUGCAUUGAUUGUCUAGCAUUGAUGAUUUGUGCUGAAUUGCAAGCUCCAGAAUCAUCAAAAGACCCCCCUUGUGAUAAGGUUGGCAUGUUUAGAAAGAAAAAUUACCCUGGGAGUGCCACUGUGAGCAAUUCAGUUCUCGCUUACGUAAUUCAGCAAUUGACAUUUUGUGGAAGCAAGAGUAUUAGUGAUCCAAGUGACAGCAACUCAACAGAGUUUGGAUGUGUAUCUCAGCCAUCAACUCCUCUGUCUUUUCGUCUGUGCAUGGCUAAUGUCCUUAUCAGUGCUUGUCAGAAAAUCUCAAGCUCCAGCAAGUUUGCGUUAGCUCAAAAAAUUCUUCCAGUUCUUGUUCAGUCUACAGAGAGGUUAACAGAUUCAGAAGUUAGAGCAGCAUGCAUUCAGGUUUUAUUUUCAGCUGUGUACCACCUCAAGUCCUUAGUUCUUCCUUACUCAUCUGAGCUACUUAAGAUCUCCAUAAAAGCUCUCCAAAAAGGAGCAUGGAAGGAAAGAAUGGCUGGUGCAAAGCUGAUGGCAUCCCUCAUGGCAAGUGAAGAUGCAGUUGUGGAGAGUAUAUCAGGGGGACUACUGGAAGCAAGAUCAGUGCUAGCAAGUAUUUCCUUUACGGACCCUUCAUUGGAAUUGCAACAAGUGUGUCAAAAGUUGCUAGUAUGUAUCACUUCUCCCUUGGACAGUGUUCUCCGUGACCUGUCUUUGUAAGUAUCAGCUCAUUUUCCAUGAUACCCCAAUACUGCAAGGACAGGUGGACAAGAUAUCAUACCUGGAACAAACAUUAGAAGAUAUUGCCCUUGUAUGGGUAUCCAGGUAUCAUAAUUUGUGGUGGAGUAUGGACACUUAGGUGGUGAUUGGUUCAUCAGUAGGUUUGGGGUAAUUUGCUCCACACAAAAGAACCUUUCACGUUAAGUUGUUUCAUCAGUUACAAGUUCUUCAAAGGCUUGAUUUACUUGAGCUUACUUAUCAAAGACUCAAAGCUAUUUCACAGAUGGCAAAACAAAGGUACUUUACUUUUUCUAUUGAUGGUCAGUUGAUAUCAGUAGAAAAGUUAUUUGUAGCGAAAGUAAAAUGCCAAGCCACGCUGAUUUGCUCUGGUUUGUAAAUUUAGUAGUCAUCAUUGAAUCGAGUAUUCUCCAACAUGAUAUUGUUUUUAUUGUUGUAACGAGUUUAAAAAAGAAAGGUCCUACAUAUGAUUUGGGGAAAAGAAAA